AUGAGAAUUACACUAAACUAUCCUGAGGAGACCUCUUCUACUUUAGAUUCUAUGAGUCAACUCGCUACUUCUACUCUUGAAAAUCAAAUAACUUUGAUAGUAGACUAACUUCCUGGCAAGAGUGCAAAAUCUAAGGCUAUAAAAAAGCUUAGAGACUCAAAAUAGUUUAUUACUAAGACCAGUUUUGGCUUGCCACUAAGUGAGAGAAAACUUUUAUUGAUCUCUUCUCAAAAAUAUCUCACUUUGAACUCUGAUGAUAACGGAGUUGGCUGCGAAUUAAACACAGACUUCAGAAGAUCUUAUCUAAAGGGAUCUAGAGCUGAGUUCGAAGUCAAAAGCCUACUCAAAAAGUGUUCGGCUCUAUAAAAAAGAAUCUCACCGAUAGACUCAGACUUGGGUGAUUCGAAAAUUUCUUUUGACGAGCAAUUAUAAAAGAAAAAUAUAACGAAUCCAACCAAUGUAACUAUCAUCACUUAGCCAUACUCCUUCUACAAAACUAACGAUAUUUCGAGCAAGGAGUUUAACCCAGUGAUUAAUAGGAUUCAAACAUUUAUGGCUAAGAAAGAGAAGAGAAACGGAGGCAAAAGUGGUAUAAACACCUAAAGUGACCGUCAAAAUAUUUCUUUUCUUUCGAUCAGAAACCUGUGGUAGAAUCCAUCAGCAGCUUCUUCUAUGCUUUAAAGAGCACGAUCAGAAAACGUGAAUUCCUAAGGCGCACAUUCUAACGGCAAUUAAAUUUCACAGGAAAACGUCUCUUCAGAAAUUCAUGGUAUCUAGGAUAGUGGAAUUAGUGCUCCAAGGACUACAUCAAGCGAAUCAUAUCUUCUAGAUGUGUCUCGUAAUCCCACUACGCAAUCUGAGACUAACAUGUCAAGCUAGAUACAGAGGUCAUUGUAAAACUAACAGAACAUCGUACCUCAAUCGAAUCAUACUACUACUUUAUCGUUUCCAGAGAGAAAUUAACAUCAGCCUGCUUUUGACAUACCUGUAGGCCAAGAUGCUAAUUUGCCUUCUCUUAGUCUCAGCACCCAUGAUUAUGGUGUCCGUGUCUGA